ACGACUCUCCGUGACGUGCGAGCAUGCACGGGUGAGCUAACGAACGUGCGCUGUAGCCGCAAAAGAGCAAACGAAGCCAGAAAAGUUUUCAAAAAUCCUAUUUUUUUCACUGCGCCUACUCGGUGGUUUUCGAAAAUAAAUCGAGUGAAAAAUUUUGUAAUUUCUCUACGCGUUAUGUGAAUUUUCAGUAGCGGCAGCGAAGCGCUGUUAUGAAAUCUGCUGCUAUCAAUGUAUAUGUAUCUGUGUGAGUGUGCCGAAUACCAAAAACAAAUUGUAAAAGUUUUUUUAAGGCAUAUCCAAAAUUCUGUUUUUCGAAACCUAAAAGACAGCGCGCCAACAGACAAACGCUACUUCUGUGUGACAUUUAGGGAAACAGUGCGCGUGCCCAAUGUCUCUUGGGCCACCACCGUCCACCACGGCGAAUAACCGUUGACGCUGCGCUCAGCGCUCGCCGGUUGGUGCUACUUUGUUGAACAUUUAGUGGGGAUCACUCAGUAUUUUCCUAGACCUACAGUCGAACAGAAUGAGUCGACGAUUUUCGACAACCGAAACGAAUAGCAAAAAGAAGAAGAACAAGCAGCACAUUCAACAGCAAUAAUAGCAGCAACAAACGAAUUAGCGGAAAUUUUGAAAUACGCAAUACGAAUUUCAAUUAAUUGAGCAAACUUUUUCAUACGCAACUAACAACUUUCCUUUAAACUGAACAAACAUACAUAACUAUACAUGUAGAUACAUUUUUUGUUUUUGUCUAUCCUGGUUACGCGACCUUAGUCACCACAAAAAGCGCUAAAAAUCCCCGCAAAGCAAAAAACUAAAAAAAAAAAAAACGAGAACGUGCGCGGUUAACCUAAUUAUCAUAGUAGUGGUAGAGAACGGAGACAUUUGUAAGCACAAGGCAUAUACUUGAGUCACGGACCGCCUAGAAGUAAGUAGACAAUCAAACGUGAUCGAUGAGCGAUCGUGUUGAGCAAGAGACAACAAGUGCAAUAAAAUCUAUAUAAUUGAAUUGGAGAUAACAUGCCAAAUUAUCGCCAGAAAAAUAAGAGAAAUAAAAAUAAAAAUCGACAGAAAAAUCAGCAACAGCAGCAACAACAGCAAGAAAAUAAAAACCAAAACUCGCAACAACCAGAAAUUCGACAAACCGAUCAAAACCGGCAGCCGACCAAUAAUCAAGACAAUCAAAGUCAGGGUCAAAGCAGACGUGAGCAAUCUAAUCAACAGCAGCAACAAAAACAACCCACAACACCGCCGCAAUCACCAAAAUCCCCCACACCAACUGCCACCCAAACCACACCGGUUGCUUCGGAAGACGAGCCGCGAGCAGCUACUUCACCACAGCAGCAGCCGUCGAGCUCAGAAGAUGCGCGAGAAGUGGACUCGGACGCCCCUGCUGUUGCGCUCAAUCAGUGCCAUAAUUUAAAUUCGAACGAACCCACAAGCAGUCACCAAACGUUCACAACUGCAGUUGAAUGUGAAGAGUGCAAUCGUGUGGAAGAUGCAGACGCACAACUUUCGAACUUAGAUAAUAAGGAAGCGACACACAUUGACAUAGCGCGCAUUGAGGGGAUAGUGGGUGCCGAGUGCGACAGUGCAGUGCAGAAAUCCACGAUGGGCAAUAAAGAUUCGAAAGCAUACAUUACAAGCGAUGAUGAUGCUGCAACAACAGCGACGACCGCAACAAUGACAGCUUCAACUGAUUUGUGCGGCAUGAGUAGACCAGAUCGCACCAUAGCCGGUGCAAGAGAGUUGGACGAGCUGCACACGGCAGCGCCGAAAACGCAAAUGGCAAAGGUGAUUGUGCAUAGAAUAGUGCGCGAGACAACAAGUGAGGGGGGCGAAAAUGAGCAGCACAUUGGAGACAUUGACAAGGUCGAACAAGUGGCGAGUGUUAGUGAGAAAUUGACAAGUGAGAAGACGGAUGAGCUUAAAGUGGAAGUGACGGAUGAGCAGAAAGCACAAGUGACGGCGACUGAUGGACAAAUUGAAGGGUUUGCACAGCAAAAGCAAGCGCAAAGUACAGCGAAGGAGGUCGAGAAAAUGAUGGAGACACAACAACCUAAAGUGAUUGUGCACAAAAUCGAGCAGAAGCAGGGAGAGCGGAAGAAAGCAGAUCAACCGGAUUCAGAGCCGAAAGUUAUAUUGCACGCUAUACAGCAAGAAGAAGACGAACUAACUGUUAAACAGCAAUUAGAAACUUUAGAUGCACAAACAACUAGCCAGACGCCGCAAUCAAAUGCCGGGGCAAAGGUGAUCGUGCAUAAGAUCGCACAGCCACCAAACGAUAAUGCAGGUGUUAGCCAAUUACAGCAAGAUGAAGCCGGUAAUUCAAGAGAGGCAGUGACGAAAUCGGCUUGCGUUAGCCACAAAGGUAGGCCCGAACAAAAUGAUGACUCAAAAGUCAUUAUACAUCAUAUACAACUCGAAUCCACAUCACCCAUUAACUAUCGCGUUGACUCGCCUGACACUGACAGCCCCACGUCGCAAUUGUACCGCAGCAAAAAGGCACAGUUACUCAAUAAAAGUAUUGUGCAAAUACAAGAGCUGAGCGACGAAAGCUCCAGCGAAUAUAACGACAAUCCGCCUGUGAUAAGUGAAGCCGAAUCGGAGACCGAGUCUACGGCUGGCGCUUGCGCUUUAGACUAUGUACAAGCUGUGCGCACACUCUCUCCUGAUAGCGAGGACAGCCACGAUAUUUCGCGCAAACCACCAGCCAUUCCAAGUCAGGAGCAACAAGAUCUGAAACAGCGACGAGCACAAAAGCGUGUGGCGCUCGAAACACAUUUCCUGCCACAAUUACUGAGCCCACGUUAUCUGGAUAGCAUUAUGGAAGAGAACAGUGAUAUGAGCGAUGCGCGCAGCGAUUGCUCCGACAACCCACUGAUGACCACGCACUCCGGCGACGAUUUGCAUGAUGCAUCCGCGUCGAAAGUGCGUAAAGCCAAUGAAGUCUUCCCGCGCAGCAACUUGGAUUUCACGCGACGGCAUGCGAAAAAACAGCUUGGUGCACUGCCAAAGAAAUCAUUACCCAUACGCGAAGAGCCUGUUGCUAUGGUGGUUGCGACCAAAUUGAUCGAUAACGCAAUAACGCCUGCACAGGAAUGCUGUACGCGCUUGUCCAGCGAGCACACGCCCGAAUCGGAAGCAGCUGAAGUGAUAUAUUUGAGUAGUUCGGCAUCGAGUAGCCUGUCCGAUCUGAUGGAGCUCGACGCGGAGGGUGACGGCGAUGAUGAGUGCGGCAACAGUAGUCGCUCAACAAUCGAUCUCGACACGGACGCAAGGGAAAUCAUAACACGACCGGGCAGCGAGGAGUGCGCGGCGACAGCAAGUGAUAGUCGCGAGAGUACACCUGUUAAUCAGGCAUCAACAAAACUGUCAGAAAAUAAUGAAACGCAAAAAAUUCACACAAAUAACAAUAACAGUGCGAGUGGUUGGGUAGAACAAGCAGCGCCAGCGGCAGCCGCUGUUAAUGGCACAAAUAUUGACACAGCCAAGAUCACUAAUCCCAUUGAGCACAGAAUAUUUGAGAAUUUGAAAAGUUUGCAAAUGCUGGCAGAGCCAAGUGCAGAGCGCAUACUCUCCAACAGCAAUGGCAGUGGCGAAACAAAAGCAAGCACAACAAAAACAAGCAUAAGUAAGCGCACAAUAACCACACAUAGCGAGUCGGAAACGGAGACGGAGACGAGUUCAGAGACAAUAACGGAGAGGUGUGAAUAUUUGCGCAGCUCGAGCAGCAGCGGUAACGGCAGCGGCAGCAGCAGUCUCACUAGCAGUCUUGAUGCUAAAUAUCCGCCAGCCAUAAUUGCGACUAGUGAUAGUUUAAACGUUGACCCAGCAGUGCUGCUUAAAAAUAUUGAAUUGGAAAUGAAUAGCGUGCGCGAUAUAUUAAACUCGCAUACAAUCGAGACAACGCCGACAAUGUGCGGGAAUCAGCAUGUCUCCGAUUCGCGUACUUCGUGUGAAUUGAAAAAUAUUGAUAAAUUUAAUGUUUCGCCCUCACCACCACCCAUACCACCACCACCCACCAGUGCUAGUGCUAUUGAUUUUCAUAGUGAUUUUACAGGUUUUCAAACACAGUCAGCACCACAACCACCACCACCAAUACCCGCGCGUGCCCCACAAGACAACACCUUCAACUCUACAACGACACUUACAACAGAACAGAAGAGUCCACAAACGCAAACAACAAAUACACUCUUCCCUAACACCCAUAACGCUUUGACCACACUAUCCUUGCUGUCGCGUCAAGAGUCCGCCGAGUCCCAUUGCUCCGACAGCACACAACACAGUCAGUGCACAGCCAUCAAUGUUGGCUCGCGCCCCUCCACCGAUCAUGAGUUAACGCCACCACUGACUGCAAUCUCACCCAUUUCAGAUGCGCAACAGCAACGUCAGUACACCGAAUGGAAAUAUGAAGGAAAUAGUGACAGUGACGCCAACGCGCGUGGUCAGCAAAACGAUUUAGAAUUGCCGAGCGCCCAACAAAAGGAUGCCGCAAUUAAAAAGUUACGUCUCUUAUGCACCGAAACAUUGGCUUCCAUGCCAUAUGGCGAGCAGGUACUGGUAGAGCUGGCCACUGUAGCACAGAAUAUAGGUGAAUUGCAAGCGAAGGCACCAACACAAACGCCUGCAGUGGAGAAGAGUUCUGCGCUGCCACAAGGAACAACACACGCAACGAACAUGCCAUACCCGUUACCCCAAUUACCGCACAUAAGCGAAUUGCAAUUGUCGAUUGCUGCUGACGAGCGUACGCCCACAACACCCGGUGAACCGAAGCGCGCACAGGCGUCACACAGCGCCACCUCCUCACAUACGACUACUACCCACAAUGUGGCGAUCACACAGCGCAGCGAUCCAGUAGGCGCAUCGCGUGAUCUCACCGCCGCCUCUGCAAAAUUAUUGCAUUCGCCACCACUACCACCAGUGUCAGUGCCACCUGCGCGCUACAGCGAUGCGCCUUGGCUGGGCGUGCCAACAGCAGCCGAUCCCAAUGUGCUGGUCUGUCUAUCGCCCGCGCAACAACAGGCUGGCGCCCAACAAACGCCACAACCCGAUCAACUUUUGGAUGCGCAUCAAAAGUUUCUGGAGCGACGUGGCUAUCAUGAAUAUACCGACGAACAGGUGAAAUCGCUUAAUGCUGAAUUGCAGCAGGAGGAGCAACAGAUCUUGAAGACGGCAGCGUACAUGAAGAAAUUACGUAAAAGCCUGACACCACCACCGCCGCCCGUGCCACCACCACCAGUGCCAGCGAAGAAUGCCGAAACGGCAGCGAAGGCACAAAAUCAGGCAAGAAUAGCAGCCGCAUCGUCUUCGCAUGUGAGCAGCGACCACAGCCAACGCUUUUAUGACGUAAUACAAGAUAGAAAUGCUAAUGAGCAAAUAGCAGGCACUUUCGCGAAUGGAGAACAGCAGCGCCAGCAGAUACAAGCGAAUCAGUCAGAACAAAAGCGCUUACUAACGCUAAUACAGAACACUGACGCGCCAGCUGAUGCUGUUGCUGUUUCGGUAGAUGGCUCAUCAUCAACAACAUCUUCGGCACACCAACAGACAUCAUCACUUGAAAAUAACUCAAGGCGAACGAGUGCCACUGACGCCGCUGCCGCUACAGCUGCUGCACAGGGUGGCGUGACAGCAUUCGCCGGAAAACAGCCAACAGCCAGCGCCGAUACACGCCAGUAUUCAAACGCAAACGCGUCCGAAUCAACCAGCAUUAGUAGAGUGUCCGACUUUUACGCAGCUAAUAAUUACACAAAGAACAGUUUCCCAACAACAACAAAAACAACAUCAACGUCCUCCGUCAAUAUGCAAGGUGUCGAGAGUGAAUUGGCCAAAAUGUUCCCAUCCAUGGGCUCCAGCGAUAUUUUCGACAGCAACCGUAAACGCUUCUCCAACAUUGAAUCGUCCACUGCAUCGAAAGAUGGCGCUUAUUGCGCUCAGCUGCAGAGCACGCUACCCAAACGGUACUCCAAUAUAGAGACGCACUCCUACGAGGCGAAGAAGCGCAUGGAAAAUGGUCAGGUGGUCUAUGACUACAGUGAUUCACGCCACGAGCGUCAGUCAGAUGGUGACAAGUCCUUGGAGAGUGCAUCCACGCCGUCUUUGUUGCAAUUCCCCGUCAGAGAGCCAGCCAAAGAAUAUCUGCAGUACCCGGUGGCUGGCGAUGGCGUGUCAAGUAGAAGCGGAAAUAGUGAAAUUAUGUCAGCAAUAAAAUUAAACACAACAGAAAGUGCAAAAACUAACGUAGAAACAAAAGAACAAACCAACGGCAUAAACAUGACAAAUUUCGUACACCCUGCCGCCACUUCAAACGCCACCACUAUUUCUACCACAACGACAACACGGCACAACCCCACCGAUCGCACGUUUGGCACAACGGCUACAACAACGGAGACCACAAUAAAAGAAGAACAUAUUAAAAAUAGUCAAGAGUUUGGUAGUAGCACGGCACGGCCACAAGCCUCAAGUGGCGGUGGCGAUAGCGGCAAUGCUUAUGAAGAAUUUAGGCAACGUGCCAAAGCAGCGGCUGAUGGCGGCGCGCUCGGUGCUUUCAGUGGUCAGACGCCAGCCACCGCGCCACCGCUUGGCCAAGGCAAUAGUAAGCAUUCCGCUUUCAAUUUUCAACAUGACAAACUGUUCAAGGACUUUGAGACGUUGUCGCAACAAUUACACAUGGAGCUCGAAGAGGGUAAGGCGCAACGGCAACAACGCGAGAAGUCUGCAUCACUUUUCGAUCUCAAUCGUUCGCAGUGGAAUUUCAAGGACCAUUUCGAUGAGCUGAAGCAACAACGUCAUCAGCACAUGCAAGAGUUGGAGCGGGAAAUUGAGCGUUCGAUGCGUUCGCGUCAAUUGAAGGGUUGGGCUAAUGGCGGUGCGCAAAACAUCACGACCACGAAGGCACCCUCCGCUGGUCGUACCUAUGAAAUACCAAUAGAAAUUGAAACUAACGGUGCUUACAACAACGCACAUGCAAAUGAUUUUGCGCGCAAAAGUGACAGAAGUUCAGCACCCAGAGAAAUAACACAGCCGCGCGCCUACAAUAUACCCAUAGUAAUGGAAAAUGGAGACGCGCCAAUGCCACCACCACCUCCUGCAGACUAUGAUACGGUGGAUGAUGCGUCACGUUUCAGGCGCGCCGAGUCGAUGUUUAACCUCUCCGAGAAUACGAGACGCGCUCAACCGCAGACAUAUGCCACCUACGAACGUCCGAAAUCAGCCGCUGCGGAUGAUUGGGCGCGUUAUGCAAGUGACUUUGGUUCGUCGGAAAAUAUUACACGUCCUUUCGCACGUGAAGUGGAGAUCUGCUAUCAGCGUCAGCGACCGCGCACCAUACGCGCGCCACGCCUUAGCGCCUCCACCAACGAUCUCUCGUCAUAUACGCACAGCUAUGACAAUUACAACGCUUACAAUGCGCGUCGCUUGCAUGCGCCUAUGUUGCAACCAGUGGCACAACAACAACGUCCACAUCACGGCAGUUGCUACUCAGUGCUGGAACGUGAUCCCAACCCCACUUAUAUAAGCACAACAACGCGACGCGGUGUCUCGCCAGCACCUGUUUCACCUAAGUCACAUGCGGCGGCACAGGAACCGCUGUACAGUACACAUGCGCCUGAGCGACAGCGUCGCGCCUCACUACCGCGUGAGAUACAAGAGAAGCAACUGAAAUAUAUCAGUAGCAAAGAAGAAGAGCUGCGCAUGGAAUUCGAGCGUUUGCAAAACGAGCGACGCCGUCUGAUGGAUGAACUAAAUACGCCACCAGCGCCGACGCUGCAAAUGCCACAACACCCAAUGCGUGACAUAUACCGACCAGUGCCAAAGUUGCCCACACUCACUGAAGAUGAAGUGUUCCGCCAGCAAAUGGCUGAAGAAUGGCUGAGCAAAGUGGCGGAACGCGAGGAGCGUCGUCUACAGAAGAUCAUCAAAAUCUCUAAAGUCAAUGAGACGCAGCAAGGACAACAACCGCCUGUGCCGCCACAUCCCAAAACCGAUAUUAGCGAUGAGUUCCUCAAGCGCGUGCAGGAGCGACGCACGAAACUGGCUAUGCCAGCUGACAGCGAUUGGGAGAGUGGCGCCGAGUCACAGCCGGUCAAAGCAGGACACGCGAGUGAGAGUGAUGCCGAAGUGCCGCCUGUGAAAGUGAUCGAGGGCAAAUCGGAGGCGGAUUUGCGUGAAUUACCGCGUCACCUACGCGAAUUCGCACGCUUCUCAAAUCACAAUGAAGAGAAAAUCGAUGGUGGUCAUCGGGUGGUGCAUCAGGAGGAGGAGCGUCGCCAAGAGGCGAAUGGUAAUUCUAUGAGUAGUGCAUUAAAGAAAUCGUCUGUGGUGAAAACUGUGAAAAUUGCAAGACCGGAAAUCGUAACAAAUACUAGCCAACGUGUGGCGCCACCGCCAGUAAGUGUGCAAAAACAGCCGCAACCGCGACAACAACCACAACAAGGGCAUAGCCGUCCAACAAGCGGCGGAGAAACGGUCGUUACGCGUGGCAGCCACAUUUCCACUGCCACGUCAAGCACUCGCAGCAGCUACGAAACACACGCCAAACUGCAGCAGAGCAGCAUUUCGAGCACAUGUGGAGCUGCUGGUACUGCUAUGGGUGGUGCAAACCCCCAACAGCAGCCGCACUCACAGCACAACCAGCAGGAACAACAUCAGCAUCACCACCAUCACCAGCACAGCCACAGCCACAAAGCGAGCAGCAGUAGCCGGCCGCCGGCGCCACACAUGCGCACCUGCAAGAAGACGCGCUUCCUGCUGGAGCCGAAUCGUCGUAGUUGGUCCGAAAGCGAUCUGCUCAAGGAGAUCGACAGCGAACUGAAGCUGGCGAAGGGCUUCCUCUAUGCAAAUGGCAUCUGGACGCCCGGCACGCAAACACCCAACACAUCCUUCACCAAUUUGAAUGACAUACAUCCGAAGGUCAGCACACCCACACCACCGCCACCACCACUUCCAGCACAUGGUGUCGGGCAGACUGUUUGGACGCCACAGCCAUCGCCGACUAGCGGUCGUAAAGAAUUUCGUCCUGUGCGUUUCGAAUCGCCAACACUGCCACGUCGUUACGUCGUUACGCCGCAAACCAACGACGGUACAGCUCAAAUACUGCCACCGUGGCGGCAAAGCGCCACAACUACUGACGGUGAUAGCUCCUAUGCAGCGCCCUCACCACGCUCCACCUAUAGUUACACGAAUCUUAGUACGCCAACAACUACGAUCGGCUCGGCAGGCAGCACGAACUACUGCGACUCCAUACCGUCUGAAUCGUCAUUGCUGAAUCACGUGGGCACCGGACCCAGUCAGAGUGUGGCGGAUAAAAUCAAAACGUUUGAAAGAUCAGCCUCCACAUCGGCAUUAUACUCGCCGGCGGCGCGACGCCGAAACGACACUGCUCAGCCAUUUUACAAACCCAAUGAAGUCAUUUUUAAAGUUAAACAUGAAUACAUGAGCGAACCGGAAACGGAGCACGAUCAUCCAAGAAAAAUGGCAGAAUUGGGUCGACGACAGGUCGACGGCAUCGGUCCGGUUACCAACGAUGGAAUGCCCAUCAUAUUGAGAUCGGAAGUGAAGGAGCCACAUCAGCAUGAAUGGUAUAAACGACUCUAUCAGACGAUACACAAGCAGAAGAGUGGCGAUGAUUACGUGAUUCGCUACAAAUGUCAAAGAGCUCGUCCACAAUUGAAGACGACUGGCUACCAAUCAGAGCCCGAGCCCAAUUACGAUUCCGACUACUCCACAGUAAAGUAUCGAACAUUAGAUCGCCGACGUUUGCAAUCGGUCUCAUCGGCCACGAACGUUGCGAAUCGCCACACAAACACAUACCAGGACGAUAAAUUAUAUGGUACUAUGCCAAAUCCGAUUAAAUCGGAACAAAACCAGUACAAAAAUCAACCUGGACGCAUUGAAGACUACGUAACAGGACGUUCAUCGGUCUCAGAGAAGGAACGCAAAGAGUGGUGGGACGAAGUGAUGGACAUCUUUAAUGGGCACUUGGAACAAACAAAGCUCUCGCCACACUAUACUGAAGGAAAUCUUUCCAGAGCCUUAGCCAAAGAGUCUGGUUACGCGAGUGAUUCAAAUUUGGUGUUCCGCAAGCGUGACGUGCCACAAGCCAGCCCACUUAGCCCGGUCGAACAGAAGCAGGCUUAUAAGAGCGUGCAAGCGGGUGGCGAACCACCUUUAUUCGGGUUUAGGAAGCCAGCACCGGAAAGACCAAAAGAUGACGGUAACGAUCCACCAGUCCCACCAAAACCUAGUGGAUAUCGCGCAGAAUCUCCAAAUCGUUAUCUUGAAUCGGAUGUAAAUAUCCAUUUCAAGACACCAAUACGUCAUGAAUAUAAACAGGCCAUGUCGGAUGAGGAUUUAGCACAACGGCAAGCCGAACAAAUGCAAAAGCUUUAUCAGGAGGAACGGCGUCGCAAGUACUUACAGGAGUUGCAGGAUAUGAAUGCACGUCGUCACACCGAUAACUUUACACCCACACAAAAAUCACCAAUACCGUUAAAUCGUUAUGAUGACUUCCAAUCGGACUUGGCGCCCAAAUCGCCGAAUGCGAUAACAACACGAACUGCAGCGCGUGCGCUAUACAACUUCCAAGGACAAAAUGCAAGAGAGCUUACAUUCAAGAAGGGCGACAUAAUUUACAUACGCCGCCAGAUUGAUCGCAAUUGGUACGAAGGCGAAUUUAAUGCCAUGAUUGGUCUACUGCCCGUGAGCUAUGUGGAGGUCGUCAACAAAGAAACUGCUCGUCAACAACCAAAGAAACCAUCAGAGGGACAGGCGCGUGCCAAAUAUAACUUCCAAGCGCAAUCCGGCAUCGAAUUGUCGCUGAACAAAGGCGAACUGGUCACACUCACACGACGUGUGGAUGACAAUUGGUUUGAGGGAAAAAUAGCCAAUAGAAAGGGCAUCUUCCCAGUGUCAUAUGUUGAGGUACUCACUGAUAUUGGCGCCGAAGAUAUUGCCGCUCGCACCGUUAUCACCGAUCAGGCGAGCGUCACGAAUUUACGCCCCUCACUCGACACGCUACGCACAAAUAUUAAUAACGAGUUCAAUUUAAUAACCAAAAAUGGCCAUCAGCCACCGAAUGGCAUACUCAAGGAAACCAAACAUCACAACAACAAAAUCGAUGCACUGCACGUGGACACGCAUUCAGAGCCUCUAGUUUAUCGCGCACUCUACAAGUACCGGCCGCAGAACUCCGACGAAAUGGAACUGCUGGAGGGCGACAUCGUCCACGUGCUGGAGAUAUGCGACGACGGCUGGUUCGUGGGCACGUCGCAGCGUACGGGCUGCUUCGGCACCUUCCCCGGCAAUUAUGUGGAACGGGUACGCUGAGCUGAGCGCUUUCGUGCACGGGUGGCGCCAGUGGAACUGGUCAAUGCGUUCUAUUAAACACACUCACACACAAUCACAAACAAAGAGAAACAAAAA